CGAGAAGACUGAGGAAACUGAGAGUUAAGUUGACAUUGAAGAGAGGAGGAAGGUGGGAAGAAGAAAGAUGGAGGAAGAGCUGAAGCUGUUCAGAACAUGGUCGAGUCCAUUCCCUCUAAGAAUAGUAUGGGCACUGAAAUUGAAAGGGAUAGAAUACGACACCGUUUACGAAGAUCUGGCCAACAAGAGUCCAUUGCUUUUGGAGUACAAUCCCAUUUACAAGAAGGUUCCUGUGCUCGUCCAUGGCGGAAAGCCGAUCGCCGAAUCGCUCGUUAUUCUCGAAUACAUUGAAGAAACAUGGAAGCAGAAUCCAUUGCUGCCUCAGGAUCCUUACCAGAGAGCUGUUGCUCGCUUUUGGGCUAAAUUUGGGGAUGACAAGGUUUUGGAAUCUAUAAAGAAAGUGUUUAUGAACCAAGGAAAAGUGAGAGAGGAAGGUGUGGAAGAAGCCUUGGAGAAUUUGAAGCAUUUGGAAGAAGAGUUAAAAGGAAAGAGGUUCUUUGGAGGGGAGGCCAUUGGGUUUGUGGAUAUUGCAGUGGGGUGGCUUGCAAACUUAGUUAGUGUAAUAGAGGAAGUUGUUGGACUUGAAUUGAUAACUGAAGAAAGGUUUCCCCUCUUAUCCAAAUGGACAAAGGAAUUUGCUGCUGCUCCAAUCAUCAAUGAAAACUGGCCACCUAGAGACAAGCUUAUCGCUAAGUACCAAGCAUUGCAUCAAACUUUUAUGAGUAAACAAGAAUAGUUAUGAACCUUGGAUAUCCAACUUUCUUCCUCUAGACAGCAACCAAAUCUAUUGUUCUAUAGAAUAAUACAGUAGUUGUAAAAGCAGACUCAGAGUGUUAAGAGACCGUGCGAGGGGGGAAAGGUAUAGUGAUUAAUUGUCAUAAGGAGAGUUUAAGUGAGAUUGAGUUAUGUAUCAGCAUUUCAACUUGUCAUGAAGUAUGUUGUGAAUUUUGUGGUUUUAGACCUCAUAUAGACCUUUGUAACAUUUUUACAAGGCUAUGGUAUUACUUUCCCAGGUCCCUGUGUUCGAAGUGGUGUUUGUUCUAUGAUUUUAAUAAAUUUAAGCUUAUAAAAACUUAAAGGUUGAUUA